AUAUAAAUAUAAUACAUAUGUUAUUAGCAUUAAAUAUCAAAUUAAACUCCAUACAAAACUAUUCAGGCUUAAUCGGAUGAUCGUCUUUCUGCUUGCCAGGUUUAUCAAUCGAACGCCGAAUACAGAGCAAAAAUGGCGGAUGACAAGGAUCCUUCGAAGCAACUGAAGGAUCUAACACAGCUGAAAAAACAACUUCAGGAGCUCCGUUUAAGAGUUGAGGGCGAAAUUUCAGAAGACACCCCACAUGGAGAUUCUGGGCUUGCUUCUCCAUUCCUAAAGGGAUUUCUUGCUGGUUAUGUGGUGGCCAAACUCCGGUCCUCUGCUAUUCUGGGAGUGCUGCUGGGGACUGCCACGGGUGUGUAUGCGGCACAGACCUAUCAAGUGCCCAACAUAGAGCGAACCAUAAAGGACUUUUUCAACAAGGCAAAAAAGGCACCAAAAGAUUAAAGACAUGGAUAUAUAUGGCAGAGGACAAUAUGCUGUCUAACAACGGAUAUGACAGACCAGUCAUCUCAAGGGGCACAAGGAAUAACUGGAUUUAAGUGGACUCAAAAGACUUAAUUUUUAAUAUUUCUUUGCAAGUUUUGUUAUUUAAUUUAAUUUUCACUUUUCACAAUUUGAGAAAACUGUGUUGCCAGCUAUCUGAUUUUUUCUCAAGAAUACCAGACCAAAUUUUAUCAAGAUGUAGACAUAUAUUACAACUACUUGAACUAUAUCGUGUUUUCUUUAAGAGUUUUGCACUAUAUAGAGUAUUUAUAUUGAAGGAAGAUGCAAAUAAAAUAGUAUUUAUUAAA